AUGGUAGAGAUUGGUCUUCCAGUACUUCCUAGCAAGAUAGACCCUUGCAUGAAAUCUAAACUGACUACAGUCCUGCUAGAUGAAUAUGAAGUUUCCAUCUAUGCUGGAGAUAUGAAAGGCCAAGAAAUAUGGCCCAACUACUAUACACAGGCACAUGGGCUUGUUUUUGUCCUGGAUUCCAGCAACCUAAGACAUAUGCAGGAAGCGAAGACCACCUUAACAAGUCUGCUGUGUGAUACAAGAGUGGCAGGGAAACCCAUCCUACUGUAAGAUAGCAAACAGACAAACAAGAAGAAUGCCCUCUUACUUUGUGAUAUUAUUAAGUAUCUAUUUCUGGAAGGGAUAGUGAAUGAGAACAAGUCCAUGUGCCAAGUAGAACACUGUUCAGCUAUCAAAAGAAGGAAUGAUCAGCCUAUAAUUGAAGGGUUGUACUGGCUGUUAGCAUCCAUUGACAGUAAACAAAAAGAGUUGUGUACUUGCCAACAGUCACUCCCCUCGAGUAUCCCAACCUCCAAGAACACCACAGGCUUUGAGGAAAGAUAUGUAUCAGACAGAUUCCUUGCCAGUAUAGAAAUGUCUGAAGAAAAAGAACAGCCUCUAGGACAACAUUCAAUGGAAGCUAGGCCCCUUAAAGCCAAUCCUACAGUGGAUAAGAGAUCGCUGGUUAUAAAUAAGGCUAAUGAAGAGGUACAACAUCUCCACCAAGAGAAUCCCAAUGGGACUCGCAACCUAGCUGGGACAAUUCCCUUGACAGAGCCUGACCAGAACCAAAUGGUGGGGUCUAGCCUUCCUGGAACAUUACAGAAAAUGCAUACUGGAAGGCCUUAUGAAAGAAGUGCCCAAACACAAGAGACUAAAUCUGAUACAGAUCCUUCAGCAAAAGCCAGAUGGGGACCCUUCUGA